CAGUCGCCGGAAGCAGAAGGGAAAGACAAAGGAUAAAGACAAAGAGAAAGAUCAGCAAGAAAGGAGACGGCGAACUGUGAGGCCAUGGCGCCGGUUGGUCUCCCUCCAGGCUUUAGAUUUCAUCCAACUGAUGAGGAGCUUGUGAACUACUACCUCAAGAGGAAGGUCCAUGGCCUCAGCAUCGACCUCGACAUAAUCCCAGAGGUAGACCUCUACAAAUGUGAGCCCUGGGAGUUGGCAGAGAAAUCCUUCCUGCCUAGUAAAGACUCUGAGUGGUACUUCUUUGGGCCAAGGGAUAGGAAGUAUCCAAAUGGAUGCCGCACAAACCGCGCAACGAGAGCAGGAUACUGGAAAUCAACAGGGAAAGAUCGGCGGAUCAACUACCAGAGCAGAUCAAUUGGUAUGAAGAAGACACUAGUCUAUUACAAAGGUCGAGCUCCUCAGGGGAUCAGAACCAGUUGGGUGAUGCAUGAGUACCGCAUCGAGGAAAGCGAAUGCGAGAACGCCAUGGGGAAUCAGGACUCCUAUGCACUAUGUCGGAUUUUUAAGAAGAAUGUUAUAUUGGGUGAAUUUGGCAAGCAAGGAGAGUGCAGUUCAUCACAGGCUAAAGGAAAUCAAGAACAAGUUAAAGAUUUAGGGGAUGCUGGACAAUCCUCAGGAGCAACUGAGAAUGAUAAAGACAAUUCAUGGAUGCAAUUCAUAGCAGAAGAUCUAUGGUGCACCAACAAACUAAAGUGAACUAGAGACAUAAGAGAACACAGCUUGUUAACUUCAUCUAACCAGAUAUUUCAGUAUUAGCUAUACUGCGUGUAUCUUCUGUAUAUGUUUGAUAAGGACACCUCUCACACUGCAUAGGAUGACCACUUAAGCUUGGAUGCUGGUUCUUAAAUUAGGUUUAUACUUUUGCUUCUUUAGUACUGUCAAAUAUGUACAACUAUGCUACUUUGUACUUCAACCUUCAUUUAACCUGUAUUUACCAUCCAAUGAAUGACAC